AUGGCGAGUAGUUUAUAUAAAUCUCGUCCUGAGUAUUUACCAUCUCCGAAAUUUUAUGGAUAUAAAAGUAUUAGCGUAGAAGAGGAGAAAAAAUUAAUAGAACGUCUUAGUAAACCAACAAUUUCAAUUAUUCAAGCUCAAUUAACCAGUUUAUCUAGUCGAAGUCAUCAUCAAACAUUAGACAGUCAAAAUCCAAAAUUCAAUAAUGAAAGUAAUGGUGUUAAUCCUAUAGAGUAUUAUGAUGGUGAAACAUUAACUAAUCGAGGGAUUUCAUCGCCACUAUCGUUGUCAUCGUUAUCACCAUCGAAUUGUUCAAGUCGUUUGGUCGACUUGAGAUCAAUUGAUGAUUAUGAAAUAGUUUCGGAUAGACUGAAUAAAUUAGCGGAAAUAUGGAAUAGAACUGGAAAAACUAAUCCACUCUUACCACCAUGUGCAUGUGCUCGUGGUGAAUUAUUGCUGAAAGAAGAUAAUGAAAAUUGGAUAAUGAGCACACAUUGUCAUUGUUCUAGCGCUUGCUCUAAUGUACAUAAUCGACAUACUACUAUUCAAAAACCAGUUGAAUGGAAUAGAAUUAAUAAAAUUGUUCGACGACUUCAUAGUUCAGGAACAGCUGGAUCUAUUGCACGUCAAAAAGAAAGUCAAGCAUUAUUAUCUACAUUGUCAAAACGACAUAUCGAUCAUUCGACUAAUUAUUUUACCGAAAAUAUUAAAAUGCAAAAAAUCACUAAUCCAGAAUCAAGGUCUAGUUUAUUUGAUCAAAGAGGUCAUUUUAAACCAAUUCAAUAUAUUAAUCAGUGGGAAACUUUUCAACAAAUCAAUCAUAAACUUGAUCGAAUAACACGACCGACUACUUCUAGUAAGUUGAAAAGUCGUGGAGUAUGUGUUUUAUGCGAUCAAAAUUCAUCUUUAAAAACUCCUCUAGGUGUAGUUAAUAAUUAUUCAAUUGAUAAAACUCUUCAAUUACAUGAUAAAAAACAAGAAAACGAUUUAAUUGAACGUGUUAUUCGACCUACAUUUGCAUCCCAAACUGAUAAAUGUCAAUGUCCAAAAUCAUAUCAUUUUAAUCCACAUAUCAAGCAAAAUUUAGAUACUAUUGAGUUAAGCGGGGAAUCAAUUAUUCAACGAUUAAAACAUUUCAAUAAACAAUUACCAUUAAUUAGUGGAUUACCAAGAAGUUCUAGUAUAAAUUCAAUUACUAAUCGUUUAUAUUCAGGUAGAUGUCGACGAACUAAUUGUUCAUAUAGAUAG